CCUGUGCCAGGCCAGCCGCUGGAGCCCACUACGAGGGGGAGGGGUGGCCACAAGACCAGCGUCUCCUUCUGCCCAGACCGGGUUUCCAUAGUCCCGGGAACCCAGGCCCACGCCUCACCCCAAGCGAAGAAAUUUCUAGUGCGGGUCCUGCUCCGCCCUCCUCCUAGGGGCGGAGCCACCCGAAGGUGGAAGAUGGAGGCCGCCGCGUUCACUCGCCCGCCGGGCGGCUGUACCCUUGAUGAUCUGCGACCCCUCCGUGCCUCAUUCUUUGUUCCAGAUCGUCUUUAGUCUCGGCGUCCCUUUCCCUUACACCUGUUAACAUCUUCAAGGCAGGAGCUGAUGAAGAGAGAGCAGAGACAGCUCGUCUGUCUUCUUUUAUUGGUGCCAUCGCUAUUGGAGACUUGGUAAAGAGCACCUUGGGACCCAAAGGCAUGGACAAAAUUCUUCUAAGCAGUGGACGAGAUGCCUCUCUUAUGGUAACCAAUGAUGGUGCCACUAUUCUAAAAAACAUUGGUGUUGACAAUCCAGCAGCUAAAGUUUUAGUUGACAUGUCAAGGGUUCAAGAUGAUGAAGUUGGUGAUGGCACUACCUCUGUUACCGUUUUAGCAGCAGAAUUAUUAAGGGAAGCAGAAUCUUUAAUUGCAAAAAAGAUUCAUCCACAGACCAUCAUAGCGGGUUGGAGAGAAGCCACAAAGGCAGCAAGAGAGGCUCUGUUGAGUUCUGCAGUCGAUCAUGGUUCUGAUGAAGUUAAAUUCCGUCAAGAUUUAAUGAAUAUUGCGGGCACGACAUUAUCCUCAAAACUUCUUACUCAUCACAAAGACCACUUUACUAAAUUAGCUGUAGAAGCGGUUCUCAGACUGAAAGGCUCUGGCAACCUGGAGGCAAUUCAUAUUAUCAAGAAGCUAGGAGGAAGUUUGGCAGAUUCCUAUUUAGAUGAAGGCUUUCUGUUGGAUAAAAAAAUUGGAGUAAAUCAACCAAAACGAAUUGAAAAUGCUAAAAUUCUUAUUGCAAAUACUGGUAUGGAUACAGACAAAAUAAAGAUAUUUGGUUCCCGGGUUAGAGUUGAUUCUACAGCAAAGGUUGCAGAAAUAGAACAUGCGGAAAAGGAAAAAAUGAAGGAGAAAGUUGAACGUAUUCUUAAGCAUGGAAUAAAUUGCUUCAUUAACAGGCAGUUAAUUUAUAAUUAUCCUGAACAGCUCUUCGGUGCUGCUGGUGUCAUGGCUAUUGAGCAUGCAGAUUUUGCAGGUGUGGAACGCCUAGCUCUUGUCACAGGUGGUGAAAUUGCCUCUACCUUUGAUCACCCAGAACUGGUAAAGCUUGGAAGUUGCAAACUUAUUGAGGAAGUCAUGAUUGGAGAAGACAAACUCAUUCACUUUUCUGGGGUUGCCCUUGGUGAGGCUUGUACCAUUGUUUUGCGUGGUGCCACUCAGCAAAUUUUAGAUGAAGCUGAAAGAUCUUUGCAUGAUGCUCUUUGUGUUCUUGCACAAACUGUAAAGGAUUCUAGAACAGUUUAUGGAGGAGGCUGUUCGGAGAUGUUGAUGGCUCAUGCUGUGACACAGCUUGCCAAUAGAACACCAGGCAAAGAAGCUGUUGCAAUGGAGUCUUAUGCUAAAGCACUGAGAAUGUUGCCAACCAUCAUAGCUGACAAUGCAGGCUAUGACAGUGCAGACCUAGUGGCACAGCUCAGAGCUGCUCACAGUGAAGGCAAUACCACUGCUGGACUGGAUAUGAGGGAAGGCACUAUUGGAGAUAUGGCUCUCCUAGGUAUAACAGAAAGUUUUCAAGUAAAGCGUCAAGUUCUUCUAAGUGCAGCUGAAGCAGCAGAGGUGAUUCUGCGUGUGGACAACAUCAUCAAAGCGGCACCCAGGAAACGUGUCCCUGAUCACCACCCAUGUUAAGCAUUCCCAAGUGCUGUUGAUCUCUGGACCAGUUUCUAGCGAAGUUGUUUUUGAAACAUAGCCUCUUAAGACAGUGCAAUCUGUUUGUCGGUGCCCAUUAUAUCCUUAAGUUUGGACAUUUAGCUGACCUUCUCUUUUAACAUGGGUCUAAUUUAUUUGCCAUGUAAUUUUCCAUACAAAUCUGUUGAUUUAAAAGUUCAUUUCUCAUACUGUGCAUUAAAAUAAAAAUUUGAACAAUUA